AUGGCUUCAGCCAUGCCUCUGGCCCUUCUGCUCCUGUGCCUUCUCGUUACUCAGACCAAUGGGUCAAGGCGCGUGCUUCUGCGUUCGACUGAUGACGACUCUGGUGCCUCGUGGUCGUUGAAAGCUUGCACCUCCAUCUCUUCAGGACAUAGCAACGGCAACAAGCUGCCGGUGGUUCACCGGCUUAGCCCGUGCUCUCCUCUCAUCGGCGGCGUCCGGAAGCACGGCAAGGCAGGGCUCAAUGAGAUCCUCCACCGCGACGGACUCCGAAUGCGCUACCUUAACGAGGUCCAAGCUGCAGCCGCCGCCGACACGGCUCCCGCCCCAUCCGGCACGCCAGCGUCGGGCCUGUCAGUCCCCGCCACGCAGAACGUCAUCAGCGGCCUCCCCGGGGUGUUCUCCUACACAGUGCUCGCCGGUUACGGCACUCCAGCGCAGCAGCUCCCGCUCUACUUCGACGUCACCGGCAUGUCCAACCUGCGCUGCAAGCCGUGCUUCUCCGGUGUCGAGCCGUGCGACCAGGCCUUCGACCCCUCCCGGUCCUCCUCCUUCCGCACCGUGCCGUGCGGGUCGCCAGACUGCACGCAGGCGUCGUGCUCUUCCGGGUCGUCGUGCACCUUCACGUUCUACAACUCAACUUUCGUCUUCGGCAACGGCACCGUGGUGACGGACACGCUCACGCUCUCGCCCUCGGCCACGUUCGAGGACUUCACCGUCGGCUGUAUGCAGCUCGACAACCUGUUCAGCGACGGUGCGGCCGCCGGGAACAUCGACCUCAGCCGGAGCCGCCACUCGCUGGCGACCCGCGUGCUGCUCUCCUCACCGCCCGGCUCGGCCGCGUUCUCGUACUGCCUCCCGGCGAACAAGGACACGCAGGGCUUCCUCAACAUCGCCCCCGCCCUGUCCGACUACUCCGGCCACGGCGGCGUCAAGCACGUGCCGCUGGUCACCAACCCCAGGGGUCCAAACUUCUACUUCAUCGACCUCGUCGCGAUCGCCAUCAACGGAAAAGACCUCCCGUUCCCGCCGGCGACGUUCAGGGGCAAUGGGACCAUGAUCGACACGCAAGCGGAGUUCACGUACCUCAACCCGCUGAUCUACACGGCGCUCCGAGACGAGUUCCGGACGGCGAUGGCCAAGUACCAGCCAGCGCCGGCGUUCAGCGACCUCGACACGUGCUACAACUUCACCGGGAUCAACUACAUCGAGCUCCCGGACAUGACGUUCCGGUUCGGCAACGGGGAGACCAUGGAGCUCGACGACAGGCAGUUCAUGUACUUCUUCCGCGAGCACCUCGACGACGCCUUCCCGUUUGGGUGCAUGGCGUUCGCCGCAUCCCCCGAUCCUAAUUUCGCCUGGAACUUGCUGGGAUCGCAGGUGCAGCGGACGAAGGAGAUCGUGUAUGACGUGCGCGGUGGCAAGGUAGCGUUUGUCCCCAGCCGCUGCGGGUUGCGUUGA